AUGUUAUCUUGGCGUGUGCUGCUUACGAAACAACACAGUUGUUCAUCAUCACUAUUAUUGCAACCAUUCUUAUCAUUAUCGGGAUUUGGCUUGAAGAAAAAUUUUUUCGGAAAGCAUUUCAUCCCAAGUCAUCACCAUUCCGAUACAGUGCUACGAUUCUACUCAACUCAAACUCUUGAUUCUCCUCCUUCUCAAGCUAAAAACAACACGAAUCAAUCCACAACUAAGCCUCCAAAAAGCAUGUUUCCAGAUUCGCCUGUGCCUGCUGUCAGCGUGCUUCUCCUUAAAAUGGAGCUUGAAAAAACCACACAAGAUGUUUCUGCAUUUAAAAUUCUCAUGAUUCGAAGAGGAAAGCCUCCAGGUAAGAACUUACUUGCUCUUCCAGGAGGCCACUUAAAUGUUGAUGAAACGAUUCGAGAGGGAGCAUUACGAGAAUUAGAGGAAGAAACUGGAAUUAAGUCAGAUUAUGUUUAUUUUACAUAUGCUCCAAUUUAUUCUCUCGAUUCUAUCUAUUAUCACCAAGAUGAAAAUACUGUUGUUGGUGUUGACAACAAAACAGAAUCAGUCGACUCAAAUUCAGAAAAUUUAGCAACCAUGAAAAUAUCAACUACUUCUGAUGAUAUUCAUUUUCGAAAAGAGUUAAAUGAAGAACUGAAGAGAAGAAUGAAAGCAGGUGAUCCAAAUAUCAAAAUUCAAUUUCAUUUCAUCAUUUCCACUGUAUUAGGUAUAGUAAUGUCUGAGAAGAACAAUCAAGUGUAUGGUCAAGCUUCAGAUGACGCCAAACAAAUUCAAUGGGUGAAAAUCUUAACACAAAAUGAAAGUAACAUUCCAAGAAACUACACUCAGGUCGACGACGAUGGUUGUUUAGUGACCUAUUUGGAAGAUUGGAUUGACGAAAGAAACCAUCGAACACUAUGUGAAAAUUUGAAAACCAUUUAUACAAUGCCAGUUGUGGUUCGACAUGCAUUAAUGAGACUUCUACCAUCAACCUCAUGGUCAAAUCCUUUCAAUUUGUAUGCAGGAUUUAAGGGAAUCACAUUUCCCACCUCAGUGGAUCUCUCACUGCUAUCACAAAUGGAUGACAUGCUUUUAUUUCCACCUCUACAGGAAAGAAUAUUGAAAUUUUGGUUUGACAAUGAUCCUCAACGGACUGGUUGGUGGUUUCGAUCAUCUCUAGAAAUUGAUCGUCACAUUCAAACAUCCUUUGAGCCCAUGUUGUUAAAUUUGGCAUACAAAUUAGAGCUCGUAUUUGAAAAGAGCAAUCAGCAUGACAUUCAAAAAGUGCUCUCCAAACAAUCCGAACGAACACUCUUGGCUUGUAUCAUCAUGCUCGAUCAAUUUCCAAGAAAUAUGUAUCGCAAUUCUCCCCAAGCUUUUAGUUUCGACCACAUUGCACAAAAGCUUUCUAAAUGGUGUCUCGAGAAUCAAACCGAUAAGAAAUUACACACACCCCUAGAAAGAAUGUGGUUCUAUUUUCCGCUCGAACAUUCAGAAGAUCUCUCUCUUCAAGAAUUAUCAUGUCAAUUAUUUAAUUCUCUCGUAGAAGAAGAUUCUACCUUUGAACCUUAUUUACGUUUUGCAGAGCAACACAGAGACAUAAUUCAACAAUUUGGAAGGUUCCCCCAUCGAAAUAAGAUCAUGAAUCGAGAGAGUACUCCACAGGAAAUUGAAUUUUUGAAAACAUUUACAUCAUUUUAA